ACUCUGUCUUCCUUUCUCUCUUAUUUUCUUCAACCCACUUUGAUUUUAGCACUCUUGCUAGGCUUUUCAAUCCUAAACAUCUGUUUCUUAAUUUUCUCGUUUCAUACAUUUUGGUCCCAAAAUCUAUUCCUCAAUGCUUUCGGUUCUAUCUUCUUUUUUAAGCUUUCAGUUUCUGGGUUUUUUUUGGUUUUUGGUUUUAUUCUUUUUUGCUGUUGGGUUUGGCUGGAAGUUAAAGAGUGUUUUUGUUUCUGGCUUUCCGAAUGUAUGAGCUUUAAAGUUGAUUUGAUGAAAGAAAGGUCACAUGUUGCUAUGCAUUCGGAUCUUUGAAGAUGGUCGAUAGAGAAACAUGAAUUAGUGUAAAUUUGAAGGGUGAUAUCAUACCUUGUCUUUUAGGAUACAGCUGAGAAAAUUUAUUACUCUUAAGCAGUUAGAAUGGGUUCAUAUUCUGGUACCCGUGAAAUCGUUGAAGCAGGUGAAGAGUUGAAACCGGUACAACGAUCUAGAGGGGCAUACCGAUCACAUUCAGGAUUGGGGGUGGGUAACAAAGAUCGGAAGCCUCCUGUGCUGAAACUGGGAUACAAGGAUUCUCUAGAAGAUGGUGUUAAUCAGCUUUUUGAGGCUAUAAAUCUUAAAGGUCCCAAAGGUUUAAGUGUUUCGUACCAAGGAGGCGCAAUCUCAAGCUCUUUAAAGAAAAAUGCACUGAAGAAGCCAAUUACAGUGGGGAUGCCUCAAUCCCCAAGAAUAGGUGGUUCAGAGCCGUUGUCACUGAAACAGGCAUUAAGGGAUCUUUGCAUUUCCAAGGCAUCAGAAAUGGCUGCUAUGAAACGUUUGUCAAUGUCAGCUAGUUCUCCUGGGGUCUCUGAAGCUGGAAGGAUAAAAAGUUUGUUCAAUUCAGUUGUAGUUGAAGCAGCCAGUGGAUCUGGUCUUCCCAGAGAUGAAGAUAAGGGGAGCAGGGUAGAAAUAUCUUUGGUGCCUGAAGAAAGCAAGUCAACUUCUUCUAGGAUGACGGCUGUGCCACAUCAAGCUCCCAACAUAAAGUCAUUGAGCCAAAAUGCUAAUUCUUCACCUCGAUUUGCUCGUGCAACAGCACAAAUUAGCACCGGAAGUUCUAAAUCAACUCAAGCUGAUGUUUCUGUGUCAAGAAAAGUUGGAACUCAACCACCAAAGGCAGAGCUGUAUCAAAAAGAGAAGCAUACUUCUGCAUCUUCUCCAUCUUCUUCUUAUGCUAAUAAUAAUAUGUUAGAAACUGACAAUACUGUACCUGCUUCAACCAAGUUACCAAAAAGAGCAUCAUCGCCAAAGUCGGGACAAAAGGGCAGGGUGCAUGCUGUUGCAUCUUCUAGCUCAAUGAAUGGCAACAGAGUAAGCAGGAUGACAAGAAAUGCACCGCGGGUGGUCAAAACAGUUGUCAGGAACAAAAGUUUGGUCAAGAAGAAAGUAAAGCAGGAUUCCUCUUCUGCCGCCUGCACUGCUAAUUCUUUCAAUGAAGUUAAUAGCAGCUUGGAUUCCACUACGAGUCAAUUAGUUUGUCAGAGAUGCCAAUGCUCUAUGAAGAGUUCAAUUAAUGACUCUAAUCAAGAUUACAUCAAGUCGCAUGCAGCCGGGAUUAGUGCUGAAGUGAGCUCAAGUCAUGUGAAUUCUGAUGUGUGCAAACCCACCUUGGUUGAAAAUAACUCUAACAGAAGCCGAGCUGCCGUUCCAAGGGCUAAAAAGAGCUCAAAAUUAAGAGAAAAUGGAGACUUAUCCCAAAGUUCAAGUAGCCUUGGUGAUAGUAGUAGCACAAGCAUCAGUGAUGACAGCAAUUUAAGUGGGUCUAGUUGUGGCAAUAGACCUCACAUGUCAAAGGACGUGAGGUGGGAAGCCAUCCGCCACAUUAGGAUGCAGGAUGGAGUCUUGGGAUUGAGACAUUUCAAUCUUCUAAAGAAGCUUGGCUGUGGAGAUAUUGGGACAGUAUAUCUUGCUGAGCUUAUUGGCACGAACUGCUUGUUUGCUAUAAAGGUCAUGGACAAUGACUUUUUGGAGAGAAGGAAGAAAAUGCCAAGGGCCCAAACAGAGAGAGAAAUAUUAAGGAUGCUUGAUCAUCCUUUUCUACCUACUUUAUAUACCCAAUUCACAUCAGAUAACUUAUCAUGUUUGGUUAUGGAGUACUGUCCAGGUGGGGAUCUACAUGUCCUUCGUCAAAGGCAGCAUGGGAGAUGUUUUCCAGAGCCAGCAGCUAGGUUUUAUGUAGCCGAGGUCCUUCUUGCUUUGGAGUACUUGCACAUGCUUGGAGUUGUUUACCGUGAUUUGAAACCUGAAAACAUUCUGGUUAGAGAAGAUGGCCACAUAAUGCUCACAGAUUUUGACCUUUCACUUAGAUGCACAGUUAGUCCAACUCUCUUGAAAUCUUCGUCAAAUUUGGAUCCUGCUAGGAUAUCUGGUCCAUUUGCAGCAUCUAGAUGCGCAGAACCGUUCUGCAUUGAACCAUCCUGUCAGGUCCCAUGCUUCAGUCCUCGGUUCUUGCCUGCUGCUGCAAAAACAAAGAACAAGGCAAAAGCGGACCUUGCUGCCCAAGCCAGAUCACUGCCACAGCUUGUGGCUGAGCCUACUGAUGCAAGAUCCAAUUCCUUUGUUGGAACCCACGAGUAUUUGGCUCCUGAGAUCAUUAAAGGAGAGGGUCAUGGAGCUGCUGUUGAUUGGUGGACCUUCGGUAUCUUUCUUUACGAGCUUCUCUAUGGUAAGACACCCUUUAAAGGUGCAGGGAAUGAAGAAACAUUGGCUAAUGUUGUGCUACAGAGCCUUAUGUUCCCAGACAGUCCUUUUGUUAGUUUCCAGGCAAGGGAACUCAUCAGAGGGCUUUUGGUAAAGGAGCCAGAGAAUAGGCUGGGAACGGAAAAAGGGGCAGCCGAGAUCAAGCAACAUCCUUUCUUUGAAGGCUUGAAUUGGGCUUUGAUACGAUGUGUUGUUCCACCGGAAUUCUAUGAAUUUGGCGUUCCAAGCGUGAUGUCCCCGGACACAAAGAGCAAUUAUUUGGAAUGUGAAGCUACUCGAGAGCACCUUGAAUUUGAGUUAUUUUGAUGAAAACAAGUACUUGAAGGAGAAAGUUUUCACAAUUAAAGGAUCUCCUCCUCUUGUUGUAAUUACAUAUCUAAGCUCGUAAUGUAAAUUUGAUUGAGAAUAUUUGGUAAAGCUGUUACCAGAUUUUAUCAUAUCAGACACCAAAAUCCUUUCUUUCAGCAACUGGUUACCAUAUAAAGUUAUACAUGUUCUCUCCUUCUCAGAAAUCUCAGAAAUUGAUGGUUGAGUUAUUGUUUAUUGAGGGCCUGCAGUGUUUUGUUUCAUCAUAGAUAUUGCAUGGUACUCAAGCAAAGGCCAAUACGGGCAUCAUUAAUAUAUAUUAAUAUAUUCGCCUGAGUCUUUCAUCUGUUGGCCUAGUGGCUAAGAAGUUUUAAGAAAGACGUGUAGGCGUGGGUUUUAACUCCGUCAUCCCCUCUUCUCUCUUGUACCGGCGUUUGCCUUUUUAUAAAAAAAAAAAAAAAAAA